CAUGCAGCCUCCACGCAGCUCCAUUCACUAGCCGCGCUCCCUCCUCUCCCUGCAGGCUGCGUGGAUCGCACUCAACUCAGCCUAAAUGACCACAAACGGUUAACGGAUGAAUUAUAAGAUGGAUGGAUAUUUGGACCAGCAAGUGCCUUACACUUUAGCAAAUAAGUCGCAAGGAAAUGGGCCCCUAAAUAGACUGUUGAUGGCAGCAAAAAGGAAAUUCAUGGACACAGAAUUACCCCCUCAGGAAUCUGAAGACCUCUUCCAGGAUUUAAGCCAACUACAAGAGACAUGGCUCACAGAAGCUCAGGUUCCUGACAGCGAUGAACAGUUUGUUCCUGAUUUCCAUUCUGAGAACUCAGUGGCAUUUCACAGUCCUCCAGUCAAUAUCAAGAAGGAACCGCAGAGCCCCGGCUCCGACCCAAGCCAGUCCUGUAGCCACAAACCAAGCUUCAACUACCCCAGUGGAGAGCAGUGCCUUUAUGCCAGUGCCUAUGAGCAGAAAAGGGCUGCAGGAGGAGCAAAGAGCUCCUGCCCUGGGACCCCCAUGUCUCCAAUGCAGCAGCAUUAUUCCCCAAAACCUGUAGUGGCUGGUAGGCCCGAUGCCGGCUACUUGAACCCAGCUGCCACCUCUCAGCCCCUUCCCAGCAACAAUUACCACAUCAGCACCAGGUUUCAGGGCCCUUCAGGAGAUCCCAUGUGCCCCCAGUUCCCCACACCAGGGCAGGCCUUUCAACGCAUGCCAUCUGCCCCUGGCGGACAUGGCAGCAGUGGAAGUGGCGGAGGAGGUGGUGGAGGGCCAGGGGGCGGAGGAGGAGGUGGUGGUUAUCAUCGGCAGCACUCUGACCCCUGCGUGUCUUACCUGCAGCAAAGCUUUAAGCAAGAAUACCUGGACCCGCUGUAUGAGCGGGCGGCUCACAUGGCAGGGCCAGGCCACAGACAGGGACAGGGGCAUGGGCCUCACCCUCAACCCCACCCACAUCCACACUCACACCCGCACCGGUUUCCACCAGCCCACAUGAUGGUCAAGCAGGAGCCCACAGACUACACCUACGAACCUGAUGUGCCUGGAUGUCCCUCCAUGUACCACCACAAUGAGGGUUACCCAAACCCCCAACAUGGCAAUGAAGGCUAUCUGUUUGAAAAUGACUCCCGUGUGGUUCCAGAGAAGUUCGAAGGUGAGGUGAAACAGGAAGGGGGUAGCGUCUUCCGUGAGGGCACACCUUACCAGCGUCGUGGCUCCUUGCAGCUCUGGCAGUUCCUGGUGGCCCUUCUGGAUGACCCAGGCAAUGCUCACUUCAUCGCCUGGACUGGCCGCGGCAUGGAGUUCAAACUCAUCGAACCCGAAGAGGUUGCCAGGCUCUGGGGCAUGCAGAAGAACCGUCCAGCCAUGAACUACGACAAGCUGAGCCGCUCCUUACGUUAUUACUACGAGAAGGGAAUCAUGCAAAAGGUGGCAGGAGAGCGCUAUGUUUACAAGUUUGUGUGCGAGCCCGAGGCGCUCAUCUCCCUGGCCUUUCCCGACAAUCAGCGGCCCAGCCUGAAGGCCGAGUUCGAGCGCUACGUCAACGAGGAGGACACGGUGCCCCUGUCGCACCUGGACGAGGGAGUGCCCUACACCCCAGAACAAGCCCCUCAAAACAUGGGCCCUCAGCCCUACUCCAAAGGCUACAUGUACUAAAGCCAAGCCCCUGCACCCACCUGCCCUUUCUGCCCCCACCUUCAGAAAUCCUGUUGUACCAACCCAUCAUCAUACACACCCUCAAUCCCCAUGCACCUCUUGCACAUGCCCACCCCAUCCACUUGUAUAUAAGGCUACGAUGUUUUUGUUUUAAAUUAAUCUCAUUAGGGAUUUGUUUUGUUUUGUUUUGUUUUUAAGAGCUGCAUUCCUCUCACACCUGAGGCCUAUUCAACACUUAAACAUGACUGUGGUUGAAGAGAUUGCUUAUUAAUAAAUACCCAUAAUAAUACCCAAA